GGGGGACCGGAUAUAGUGAAUGCAGGGUUCAGGGAUACCGGAUAUAGUGAAUGCAGGGUCCGGGGGGAGGCAGAUAUAGUGAAUGCAGGGUAUGGGGAGAGCGGAUAUAGUGAAUGCAGGGUCCGGGGAGACCGGAUAUAGUGAAUGCGGGGUCCGGGGAGAGCGGAUAUAGUGAAUGCAGGGUCCGGGGAGAGCGGAUAUAGUGAAUGCAGGGUCCGGGGAAAGCGGAUAUAGUGAAUGCAGGGGUCCGGGGAGACCGGAUAUAGUGAAUGCAGGGUCCGGGGAGAGCAGAUAUAGUGAAUGCGGGGUCCGGGGA